GCAUAGUUAGUCGCAUAUAAAUACGGCACAAUUUGUGAUCAAAUUCAUUCAGGUGUCAGCUUCUCACAAGGAACUUUUUCUUCCAUUUACAAAGCCAUUUCGGAGUCAAUCUUCGUGCCCAUACAAGCAUCAAAAUGAUCAAGGCUGUUGCUCUCCUCGCUUUCGUCGCCGCCGCCAACGCCGGAGUUUUGGCCCCAGCCGCCGUCGGAUAUGCUGCCCCCGCUUACGCAGCUGCCCCCGUCAUCGCCAAGGCCGCCGUUGCCGUCCAACCAGAGCCAUAUGACCCCCACCCACAAUACAACUACGGAUACUCCGUCUCCGACGCUUUGACCGGAGACUCCAAGACCGCCUCCGAGACCCGUGAUGGCGACAGCGUCCAAGGCCAAUACUCCCUCGUCGAGCCCGAUGGUGCCAUCCGAACCGUCACCUACACCGCUGACCCCGUCCACGGAUUCAACGCCGUCGUCGACCGAUCUGCCCCAGCUGUGACCAAGGCCGUCGUUGCUGCCCCAGUCGCCAAGGCCGUCGUUGCCCACGCUGCCCCACUCGCCUAUGCUGCCCCAGCUGUCCGAGUUGCCCACGCCCCACUCGCCGUUGCCCACGCCGCCCCAGCUUUCGGUCACCCAGCCGCUGUCGGUUACGGACACGCUGCCGGAGUUUACCACCAUUAAGUAAUUUCCCCACCGAAGCAAUUAACUAGUUAAUUUAUUUAUUUCCUUUCGUUAAAUCUCGCCGCUGUCUCCUCCUCCGACUUCUCCCAGAGAGAAGCCCUUACUGUUCUUUCUGUCGAGUUUGUCUUGUCAAUUCUGUGCAGUGUUGCAGGAAUGAAUCUUGUCCUAUGAAACUAUCCUACAAAAUCAGUCAACAUCUGUCCAUAGUUUCUUCUCUUUGAUGCAAAGUCAAUAAAACGAAACAAAAUUA